AUGACUAAAAGAUUAAGUCCCCUGGAGAAGCAAGCACGAAAACCCACUCUGAGAGCGUGUACAUUCUGUCAUUCAAAGCAUCUACAAUGCCUGAACUUUCGACCAUGCGUAAAUUGCGUGAAAAGGAAUAUUGCACAUCAAUGCACCGAUAUUGUCAGAAAAAGGGCAAAAUAUAUGGCGAAAUCAGAUGAACGUCACAUGACUAGUUUAGUCAAGGAGGAGCUGACUGAAUCUGUGAACCAGGCAGAUCUUGUCCGAAACAGACAACAGCAAGAGUUGGAGGAGCAGAGGCAAGCUCUUGAAUUCCAACCACAUGUAUCCAUUGGCUUGACACCGGAUGCAGAAGUCAGAACUGACGUUUCCACCGCGUUUUCACCCGAUAAGUCUACUAUCUUGAGUCAGAAUUCUGCAAACUCGGCUCAAAACACCAUAGCAAAUCUCUCUGCGUUUCACGAACCUAUUAGAGAGUCACCGGGCUCAACGCCCUCUACUACUGCAACUGGCACUACGAAUACAACAGCUAAUUUCCACUCUAACUUUGUCAACCAGGAGUAUAUGAUGCUAGGGGACCUUAUAUCAAAGCCAUCGCUGCCUUCAUCACUUGAAUAUUCAGCCCCAGCUGCUCCUCAUAUGGUUUCACCAGGUUUCUUAAGCGAACUAGAACUGGAAACAAACCAUACUAGACCCUUCAUUUCACUAGACACAGCAGACAAGAACGGAGAGCAUUUAGAUGAGCAUCAUGAACCUAAUAAACCACAGUACAUGUCUCCUUUGGUAUCGCAUCACAUCUACCAAACGGUACAAGAUAUUUAUUCGAAUCCGGUCAUAAAUUUUGACUACCCGCUGUCGUAUCACUCACUUACGUUCUUUCUACGCAAUAGAUUUGCAGUAAAUGAAAAGAAUUCGCCAACUGAGAAGACGACAAAACGGAAGAAUUUCCUUAUUAUUCUCAAGCUAAUAGCAUCGUACAGACCAACCUUUAUCAGUCUUCAUAAUUCGCUUUUGCAACCUUAUGACAUUCAUUUCCUUGAAAUGUCAUUUCAACGUUGUUUACUUGAUUAUGAAAAUCUCUCUCGUCUCAAUGCAUCUCCAACCAUUAUAUGGCGCCGAACAGGUGAGAUCGUUUCGAUAUCGAACGAUUUAGUGAAUCUAUUGGGCCUCAGUAGCUCAGACAUACUUUCGAAAAGAACUUUUAUUAUGGAGCUCAUGUAUGAUGAUAAUUCUAUUGUCGAAUACUUCAGACUCUUCAAGUCAGUUGCUGUCGGAAACUUGCAUCUGACUAUCGUCACAAAAUGCAAACUAAUUAAAAGACUGGCAGGUGCAAAAAUAGCACAAACUAAUACAAAAUUAGUUGAUUCAGAUUAUAUUGAAUUUUGCUCGGUUUGGACAGUCAAAAGAGACUUAUUCGACUUACCAAUGAUGAUAGUUGGUCAAUUUCUUCCAGUUUUGCCAACAAAUGGGGGUAUUAGAACCUAUUGA